GAAAAAGAGAAAAAGAAAAGAAAAGAAGAAAAAGAUGUCGACCACUAUCGUUGUGCCAAACCAAUACGGAUAUGUUGUUGCGACAACAGCCUGUACCUUCUUUCUCGGGUUCUGGCAUGGCAUGCGAGCAGGGCUGAGUCGCCAAGCGGCACAGAUCAACGCUCCCAAGGCGUACGCUGACAGUGGCGACAUGGACAAAGCCCAGGACAAGGAGCACAUGGCCGCCAUGUACAUGUUCAACUGCAAGCAGCGCGCACACGCCAACUACCUGGAAAUGCUGCCCGCGACCGCCCUGUCGCUCUUGAUUGCCGGCAUCCAGUACCCCAUGGUCUCGACAUUUCUGGGAAUUGGCUGGAUAGUGGGAAGAGUCAUGUAUGCACUCGGUUACACCAACGCCGCUCAAGAGAAUGGACGCGGUCGUGUUCUUGGCUUUGCGCUGAGCCAACCUCUUGCAAUCGGCUUAUGGGGACUUGCCGGAUGGAGUGGGAUCAAGCUGACUUUGUAAAGCUCUCCCAUUCGACACGCAUCAUUUUGGCCUUUUCUGAAACCCCUUUGGGUUCAAUGGGUCGGCCAGUGUGUCAACCGGAAUCUUUGGUACGAAAGACAAUGGUGAUGCAAUGCGACCGACCAGAGGGAGCAUGUGGAAAUGGUCCUUUUUUCCCCACAAACAUAAUGCGGCUCUCCAUGUGCGAAGAUACCCUGGGCCUGUAUAGGUGUCGGACAUACAGCAUUAAUUGAUGAU